CUUUUCAAUUGUAGUAUUUUUAUCUAUAUUUAUUUGCCACUGUGGAUCGGUCCAGAUCGCAGAUACAGGCACACACCACAGAGAAUGAUGAAUACAAAGUACUCACAGGAUCCGAUAUGCUCCGCACACAUACAUAGUAGAUACAUAGCACACAAUAGUAACUACAGUAACCAAGCAACCAACAGUAGUAAUCCAACCAAAGACCCAUCCACCUAUCCAUCCAUCACCAACUACAAUCCCUACUGCAUCUGCAGAUUUACUCCCCAACCUACUCACCUAUAACAAUAACAAGAGGGGAAUGAAGAGAGGGCCACAGGGAUAUGUGGCUCAACAGCUAUGGUGCCAUGCGAUUCACCAAUACUACCCGGGUGUGGCGAGUUCGCGCGGCAUUAGCCCUGCAGUUGAAACAACCACUACCACCAACAACACCACCACCACCGCUACCGCUAUACUGUAACACAACACCUGACUUGCCUGACUACUUACAGCCCAGCCCAGUUGGGUAUUUGCCGGGUGAACUUUGAGCGGUCUACUCUGUAUGCAUAGCAUUGCAUCAUUGUGCGAUCACCUUCGGGAUUUACUUGCUGUUACUAAGUUGCUGCUGCUGCUGCUGCUGUUGGUGUUGUGGCCCGACUUGAUGCCUGCUUGCCUGCCUGUUCUGGUUUGUUUGUUUGUUUCUGUACGCCCUUAUGUUGGUGAACGUUGUUUGGUUAAUGGUAGGCUAUCUUUCCAUAUGAGGAGAAGAAAUCCGGAUAUAUUUAGAGGUGUGGUGUGUCUCAGUUAACUGGGGGCUCAAUUUGAUUCUUCAUUUGGAGACAGUAGCCUAGACCAAUUUUGUCUUUCUUCAAUUGUAAAUAUAGCAAAGUAAAAAUACUAGACCAGAGGUAAUAGUAUGUCAUAACCAUCAAUGUCCAUGCAAAUACUGCCAUCCACAUCCAAACAACAUCCUCGAGAGAAUCAACCAACCAAGUAGAAAAUCCCCCUAUUGCCGCCGAUAUAUGCGCGCAGGGUAUCACCGCACAAAGCAGAACAAGCACAGCACAGCUCGAGUGAGUCAAGAAAGUUCUGCCCGAUGUAGUGCAAGACAAGUGAAGAUUGAUCGUUGGGCCUGGCCGCUCUUUCAGCUGCCAACCUUCAUUCUUUCAUUCUCUU